UCAUCAUCUAGCCAGUGAGCGUCGGUGUCCGUAAAAUGGCGGACGGUGACAUUGAUCUGUACGCCGAUGAUCUUGAACAGGACUUUGCUCAGAAAUUCCAGGAUGAAUUCGCUGGCGAUGGAGUUGACCUCUACGACGACGUGAUAGCUGCCCCAUCAGGUGGCAACGGUGGAGUUGCGACAAACAGCAGUGGUGGAGGUGGUGAUUCAGAUACACCGAAUACAGCAAACGAGGAGACGAACGGUAAUGCACCAUACCACCAAGUGGGAAAUAAUAUCCAGCCCAACCAAAUUGGCAGAAGACACCAGUUGUACGUUGGUAACCUGACGUGGUGGACAAGUGAUCAGGACAUAACAGAGGCUGUUCUGAGCAUUGGUGUUUCGGAUUUCGUUGAGGUGAAGUUUUUUGAGAAUCGUGCCAACGGUCAGUCCAAGGGCUUCUGCGUGGUCUCCUUGGGAUCUGAAGGGAGUAUGAGAUUGUGCAUGGAGAGACUUCCCAAGAAGGAAUUGCACGGACAAAAUCCAGUGGUGACAUUUCCAACUAAACAGGCGCUCAAUCAAUUUGAAUCCCAGUGCAAGACAAGACCAGCACCUGCACCCCAGCAGAAUCAGAGUCAAAAGCCCCACAAUCCCCAUCAGCAUCAGUCAUCGAUGCCUCCACAUCAGCAGCAUCCACAGCAUCCUCAGCACAGUCAGCAUCCCCAGCAGAAUCAUGGACCCAGAAUGAUGAUGGGACCACCCCAGGGGCCCAGACCCCAGAGGAUGCCACCGCCUGGGAUGGGACCACCUGGGCCUGGCAAUGCAGGACAACAGGGACCCCCAAGAAUGCAUGGACCACCCAUGGGCCCUGGUGGACCUGUGCCUCAUCACAUGUCUGGUCAUCCCAAUCAGGGACCACCACCUCCUGGAUACCAGCAGAGCCACUGGAAUGGGCCCAGGCCGAAUGGGCCUCCUGGACCUCCUAGGGGACCCAAUGGAGGACCCCCUCAGCAGGGACCUCCUGGACCUGGACCGGGACAGCACAGACCGCCUGGAAUGCAAUUCCGUGGACCACCUGGACCUCCUAAUCAAGGCCCACCGCGUGGCCCUCCUCAUCCAGGACCUCCUGGCGAUCCACGUGGAGCUCCACCUCGUCCUGAAUGGAAUAUACCACCAGGUAUGCAUCCUCAUCAAGGACCCCCAGGUUUUAACCAGCAUCAGCAUAUGCAAGGCCCCCAGCCAGGCCAGGGUCCACCCCAGAGAGGACCUCCACCAGGAGGAAUGGGCGGUAUGUUGCAAGGGGGUCCACCACCAGGUCACGGAGGCCCUCAGCAAGGCCCUGCACCAGGACCCCCAGGUGGUCCGGCACCUCACGUAAAUCCCGCAUUUUUCUCACAAGGUCCACCCCAUCAGCAUCCAGGCCAGCACCCCGGUGGACCACCGCCACCACAUCAUGGACCAGUCCAUGGUCCACCCCAUGGGCCACCUCAUGGACCUCCGCAUGGACCACCACAUCCACCUCCACAUGGUUACGGUCCACCCUCUGCCCAGCCGCCUUAUAAUACUCCCGGGCCCGAUCACCGCCCUGAGGAUCCUCCCCAGCUCCGCGAACAGGAGUUCGAGGUGAUCAUGGAUCGAAACAGAACAGUGUCAUCAUCGGCAAUAGCUCGUGCAGUCUCAGACGCCGCAGCUGGGGAAUAUGCAAGUGCCAUUGAAACGCUCGUCACUGCGAUAUCUCUUAUUAAACAGUCCAAAGUGGCUAGUGAUGAUCGCUGCAAAAUUCUCAUCAGUUCUCUGCAGGACACUCUCAGGGGCGUGGAAACUAAGAGUUAUGGCUCCGCUAGAAGAGAACGUUCAAGAUCUCGCGACCGUGAGCGCAGUCAUCGUCGUCGUCGUGAACGUUCUCGUAGCCGUGACAGGGAGUACAGGGAGAGGAGUAGAGAUCGUGAUCGUGAGAGGGACAGAGAUCGCGAUCGAGAGAGGGAUCGCGAUCGAGAUCGUGAGCGUGAGCGUUACUACAGCGAGCCCUACCCCAGGGAGAGAUCACGCAGUCGUGAUAGAGAUCGUGAGCGUGAGCGGGAUAGGGAGUACAGGGAACGCAGCAGGGAAGAGAGUACAACACGUCAGGCAGCCAGACCGAGAGUUAAAGAGGAACCGCCCGAGGCGGCACCAGUAUCAUCUUCCAAGCCGUCUAGGUAUUAUGACGAUCGCUACAGAGAGCGUGACCGGGAAAGGGAGCGUGAGCGUGAAACAAGCAGGCGACCAGCUGAACGCGAAAGGGAGCCUGAACGUGGGGGUGGUGGCGGCGGUGGAGGUGGUGGAGGAGGAGGAGGAGCUGGUGAGAGAGAACGUGAACGUGAGCGUGAUCGACGUGAUGAGCGUGGAGACUCUUCGCAUCGUUCUAGACACUGAGUCCACCUUCCAGAAUCAUCACAAUGUGGAGCAUACAGUAAUAAUGACGUGACAUCUGCAGCAAGUGGAACAGGCAGAACGAAAGCAACAAUAAAACCAUAAUUUCGUUAAUAAUUAAAAAAAAGUAAUAAUAACAGUAAAUCACUCCAAACUUUUAGUGCUUAUCGUUGUGACCGAUAUGAAUUUUUCUGUGGCAUCCAAAGAUUUAAACGAAAAAAAGGAAAUGAAUUGAAUUCUGACAGCGAAUAAUUAAUUUUCUCCGUCAACUAUUGAUUUUUAUCAAUUUGAAAACAGAAACAGUUGAGGAUAACUGCGCAGUUGAAGUAGCAGACAAAAAAAUGUGUGAAUUAAUGGAACAAUUCAGUGCUUUAUUUUCUCGUCAUAAUGAAUUAUAUAAUGAAUAUUUUUUUCUCUUUCUGUCCUCUUAACAUUUUUGCCACAUUAUAUUAAUAAUUAAUAUCCUACAUGUAUACAUAACGUAUAUGUAACAGCACUGUAAUUAAGAGUAUGUUUGAAAACAAAAAUAUUUAGAUUUAAUGUGAGAUGAGCAGUGUUACAGUAGAAUUAAAUAAUGAUAAAUAUAAUUACAAGUUUGAAUCAUCAAGAAGCUGAUAUGCUGCUCAACGAAGAUUUUAAUCAUCUACAGGACACUGUCAAGAGGAAUGAAGAGCGCUCUUAAUGCAAAUUUAUCAUCGGUCUUCAGGGCUCAUGCGACAAUGCAAGAUUGUAUUCUUAAUAUAAUGCAAAAAAAGAAAAAAAAUAUUCGGUUUCGAAAAAUAUAUAUUACUGACCAUGUCUUUACUUUAUUCAUCUGUGACACAAAAUCCUCGAAAAAAAAACUAAA